ACAAACAGCUGCUAAAUGUUUUCGUUAUUUAUUUAUUUUUUUCUUAUACGAUUAUGAUAUAACAAAGUGAUUAACCGCUGUUUUGAUUGAGUAAACAAAACGUAUAAAUAAACUUUAUUUAUUACUAUGAGUUGUGGUGUUCCCAGAGAGACAUGAUAAACACACGGUCUCGUAUGCUGCGCCAUGUAUUGGUCUUAAAUACAGCGCAAACUUCAGUUAAUUUUAGUAGCACUUCUGUGCUUCAUCAGAAUUAUUAUGAGGAUCUUGGUAUAUCAAAGAAUUCAACCAUUGGAGAAAUUAAGGCAGCAUACUAUAACCUAUCAAAACUUUAUCAUCCCGACAAGAAUCAAGGGAGCGAGGAGGCAGCAAAAAAGUUUCGAGCAAUCAAUCAAGCCUACGAGGUUUUAGGAAAUUAUAAACUACGAAGAUUAUAUGACAAAGGCAUUAUACACACAGCUGGUUCUCAGUAUGCCCAGAAAUCGCAGGAUAUUGUCGAUGACAUGGAACCAGAUAUUGAUGAUCCAUCUACAAAGUUCUACAAGUCACGUUUCACAAAGUCAACAGUAGCUGACAAUAAGGGACGGACACCUAUAUACAAUUUUGAUGAAUGGUCUCGCGCUCAUUACGGCCAAUCAUUCGAAAGACGCAAAACGGCGAAAGAAAAGCACGAUCGCCAGACAUACGAGGCAAAAGACCAAAAGCUGAUGAGUCAAAAUGAGUACCUGCUUUUGGUUAUAAUGAUAUUUACUUGUUUAGGUUACUACAAAUUUGCGACAGAAUCGUCUUAUGAUACACCUAAAGAUCAAACCAAAAGAACACAAAAAACAAACGAUGAAUAGUCGUAAAUGAUGCAAAGGACAACAUUAAACUACGACGUCGUUAAUGAUUCUGUGAUUUGUAUUAUAUUUUAGGACAAUUUCUA